UGAUUGAUACUGUCUGUGUUCACAUCAGAGAAUUUUUGACCUUUUUCUGUCCAUUUCAACUGCAUAUCUUAUUGUUUAUUAUCAGAUCUUCAGGAAAUUUCUUACGUUCAUCUGUUUCUCAUCUUUUAUUUUUGGGGACGUGAAACAUGAGCAUAAUCAUCAGGAAGAGCUUCUAAACUACUCUCUCUCUCUUAUACAUAUAUAUACAUAUUCUCCUGAUAUAUAUACCUUUUCAAACUUCUUAUGUUUCUGCAAAAUCGUCACUUGACAAGUGACAAAGAAGAUGAAGUUUGGAAAGGAAUUUACUUCUCAGAUGGUUCAGGAAUGGCAAGAGGCAUACAUGGACUACAACUUUCUCAAGACAGUCUUGAAAGACAUCUGGAGGUUCAAACAGAAGAAGAAGAACAACAACAAUUUUGCUUCUUCAACUCCUAGAGGAGGAGUUGGAGGGGCUUUGAGAAGGAAGGUUUCUUUGCACAGAGGCUUCAGUGGCCUAACAACGUCCCGGUACAGAAACUCUCCGGCGUCGGGGAGGAGAGACAUCGAGGAGCCGAUCCUCGUCGGCGCGGUGCAGCGAGAAGGGUCGGAAGAGCAUUACCAGACCAUGUUCUUUAUGUCAGGUGAUGAAGGAGGAGAGCAUGAGCUUGUGUUCUUCAGGAAGCUUGAUGAUGAGUUCAACAAGGUUGUCAAGUUCUACAGGAAGAAGGUUGAGGAAGUUGUGGAGGAGGCUUAUGAGAUGACAAGGCAGAUGGAUGUUCUGAUUGCUCUUCGGAUUAAGGUUAAGAAUCCCGCCCUGAAACCGGAGGAAACUGAGGUGGUUAAACCGAGUAAAACACCAGCGCGGCCGAGUAUGGAUACGAUUCGAGAAGUUGAGAUGAGCAGGGAAGGACAAUCUGAAGAAGGAGAAGAAGAAGAAGGAAAAGGAGAAGAGAGAAGAGGCAAUGAGACAAGAGAAAUUAGUAGUAGCCAGAGAAACGACAAUGAAAGAAGAAUGGAGAAAUGUAGACCAGAUCCACUUGAAAUACCGGAUCAUGUAAAGAUAAAUAUAACGCCUGAAACUUUAAUGUCAACUCUGAGAGGCAUUCUAAUGAGUUCAACUGCUAACUUGUCGUUCAGCAAGGAAGAGCUGAGGAAAUCAGAAGAGUUAAUGAAAAAGGCUUUUGUUGAGUUCUAUCAGAAGCUCAGACUGUUGAAAAGCUACUGUUUCAUGAACCAGCUGGCUUUCUCAAAGAUCAUGAAGAAGUACGACAAGAUUGCUUCAAGAAAUGCAUCAAAGGCUUAUUUGGAGAUGGUGGAUAAGUCCUAUCUUGGAAGCUCUGAUGAAGUUACUAGGCUGAUGGAGAGGGUGGAGGCUGUCUUCACAAAGCACUUUGCACAGGGAAACCGCGGAAAAGGAAUGAACAUCUUAAGGCCAAAAACCAAAAGAGAGAGGCAUAGGGUCACAUUCUUUUUGGGCUUUUUGUCCGGGUGCUCACUUGCUCUUAUAGUGACCAUUUAUGUGCUUAUACAAACAAGAAACAUCAUUAAGAGCGAAGGCCGCGGUCGGUAUAUGGAUAACAUAUUUCCUCUCUACAGCUUGUUCGGAUUCAUUGUCCUACAUAUGCUCGUGUUCUCCGGAAAUAUAUACUUUUGGAGGCGGUACCGAGUCAAUUAUCCAUUCAUAUUUGGUCUCAAGGAAGGAACAGAACUGGGAUACAGACAAGUGCUUCUUCUCAGUGCAGCUCUUUCUGUAGUCUCUUUGGCUGCUGUCAUCUCGAAUUUGGACAUGGAUAUGGACCGAAAGACAAACCACUUCGAGACUUUACCAGAAUUAUUCCCUCUUGGCCUAGUCAUUGUUCUCCUUCUCAUACUCUUCUGUCCUCUCAACAUAAUAUACCGUUCUAGUCGCUUUUUUCUCAUUAGAUGUACAUUUCGUUGUUUUUUCGCUCCACUCUACAAGGUUACCCUCCCAGAUUUUUUCUUCGCAGAUCAACUUACAAGCCAGGUUCAAGCCUUGAGAAGUUUGGAAUUCUAUGUCUGUUAUUACGUUUGGGGAGACUUCAGAAAAAGGGAAAACAAGUGCCUAGAUAGCCCUGUGUACCAAGCUUUCUAUAUAGUUGUCGCCAUUAUUCCAUACUGGCUACGUCUCCUUCAGUGUCUGCGGCGAUUGCUUGAUGACAGAGAUUCGAUACAUUCGAUAAAUGGCCUAAAGUACUUCUCGAUCAUAAUAGCAGUGGCAAUGAGAACACUCUACGAACAGAAGAAGGGGACGAUCUUUCUGAUACUGGCUGCGGCUACCUCCGGAAUUGCCACAAUUGGUGCUACUUAUUGGGAUCUCGUCAUCGACUGGGGCCUUCUACAACGGAAUUCGAAGAACCCCUGGUUGAGAGACAAACUUAUUAUACCAAAUAAGAGUGUCUACUUUGUAGCCAUGGUGUUGAAUGUGUUACUGAGACUGGCUUGGAUGCAGACAGUUUUGGGAUUCCGAGAAGUUCCUUUCCUGCAUAGAAAGGCCUUGAUUGCCAUUGUUGCUUGCUUAGAGAUCAUUCGUCGUGGCAUUUGGAAUUUCUUCAGGUUGGAGAAUGAGCACUUGAACAAUGUUGGAAAGUAUAGAGCAUUCAAAUCAGUACCUCUUCCUUUCAACUACGAGGAGAAAGAUACAUGAAACAUGUGACAUAGCAGAAUAUGACAAGCUUCAACCACUUAAGCAUGUGUGAUUUUAUUUUCCUUCUUUUCCUUCUAUUUUGUUUAUGGGAGUGAAUCCCAAGACAAAUAGAGAAAAACCCACGAACCAAUAGGGAGUGUCCAAAGAAAGAGAAGUUAUUAUUCUACAUGUUACAGGAAAUGGAUAGGGACAAGUGGCAUUAAUCACAUAUUAUGAGUUUUAAAGAUGGUUAAUGCCGUGGGGACCAUAAGAUGGAAUUGCAGAAAGCUGAUUUGCAAGUGGGCAUUAUUGGUCCCUUCUACUUUGUUGAGGUGCCCCACCCCCACCAGGUGGUGACUAGUACCAAUUUUACAACCCGAAUUUUAUCCCCAUUUGUGCUUGCAUCCCUAACUUUAUAGAAAUACCCAUUUUACUACUCCAAACUUUGAAUAAGUCCACUUAUGUCCAUCUAUUAAUGUUAAAAAUAUACGGCAAAGAUAUACACGAAAAACAUUAUUUAUACGGCUUUCUUCUAGGGCGGUAAGAAAUCACCCCGAACCCGACGAACCCGGCCGAGCCGAGCCGACCCUACUCGAAAAUCACGGGUUUCCAAUUUUUUAUUUAAUUUUCAGUUUUAAUUAUGC